CAGCAGCAGCACUAGGUGACGUGUGCUUACCAGUGGCCGUGGCUGCCGCUCCUCGCUCCUCACUACUGCCUCUCCUGCGGCCUCCUCCUCGGCACCUGCCUCUUGCCUCUCUCUCUCCUCUCUACCUCACCAUGGAGUCCUCCUACAACUCCCGCUGCCCGGCUGUGAAGCGUCUGUUUCGUGAAGCCAAGGAGUUACACGAGGCCACUGAAGAGUAUUUUGCCCAACCUCUUGAUGACAAUCUCUUUGAGUGGCAUUUCACAGUUAGGGGUCCUGCCGACUCUGAGUUUGAUGGUGGUGUCUACCAUGGCCGGAUAAUAAUGCCUGCUGAUUACCCAAUGAAGCCUCCAAAUAUCAUAUUUUUGACGCCAAAUGGACGAUUUGAGACAAAUAAAAAGAUCUGUCUGAGUAUAUCUGGGCAUCAUCCAGAGACAUGGCAGCCUUCCUGGAGUAUUCGUACAGCACUAUUGGCUAUAAUAGGAUUUAUGCCAACUCCUGCUAAUGGCACCAUAGGCUCUCUAGACUAUACAGCUAAUGAACGAGCCAAGCUAGCAAUAAAAUCUCAAGAAUAUGAGUGUCCUCAAUGUGGGAGUAUAAAUGUGCUGCUGAAGGAGAGGACGAGUGAUAACAAAGAGCUACAAGAGGAAGCCAGAGAAGUUAUGGGUCAAGUUGCUGUAUCUGUCAGGGUGGAAACUAAAGGAAAUGAAGCUUCAAUGGAAGAAUCCAGUGGCAUGAGUGACGUUAUGGCAUCUCUUGACCAUUCCACGGCAGAGGACAUUUCCGACCCCAUUUCUAGCUCGUCUGAGCCUUCAGAAUCUAGGAACGAAGAAUUGGACACACUGCAGGCAACCAGUCAGAUUACUCUUCCUGGCAACAGUGCCUCUGCCAGCUCCCUACCUGCACCAGUUGCAGAUUCUGCUCCAGAAAUAUUAAUGGAGGGUGUUGGUGCACAUAAUGGCAGACAGAAUCCCAUUUCCUCUGCUUCAAAUCAAGGGUAUUUGUAUAAUUUGGCACUGUCAUCUGCUAUAUUUCUCUUUAUUGGACUUGUAAUGAGGAGAAUAUUUCUCCUGGAAGGAGAUACAUCAGAGGAACUUGAUGAUGUUCUUCUCUGAUGUUAGUGGUUUACAUUUUCAUGUCCAUGAAUUGAAUCUUUCACAUAUAUUAUUAAUUGUAAAUUAUAUAAUAUUUCCACACCAGUGUGUUGUAUAUAAUGUAUCGCAUUCAUACAUGACAUCCAUCUUGUUUUGUUCUCUUUAUCUUUGAUCUCGGCAGUACUGAGUGGCAGUUAACUUUUUCAUUAUUUUCAUGCAUUGUUUUGGACUAUAAAUUCUGGACUAUAAAUCAUCACAUGUGCAGUUAAAAGAAGCCUCAUUCCAGAACUCCAUGCAGAGAAGGAGUUCAUAUUGUCAUUUACUCAAGUGAGUUUGAAUUUUUGAUGCAAGUUAAAAAGUUAAUUUUUUUUUUUUUUUUUUUUUUAUCAAUGUUUAUGAUAAGCUUAAUUAAGAAGGUAAUGGUGAUGUCUUUACAAUUGUCUAUAAUAAUAUAGCUUCAAAUGGAGAUUCCCAUCUGCCAAAAAUUGUUCUCCAAAGCUUUCUCUAAAUCUAGAGAAUGAAUUACCAUAGGUAUUUCUAUAUUUUGUUCAUAUUGUUUUUCUUGCUACUCGUGUUAUCCAUACACAUGCAUGCAUUUUUCCUUACUGUGCAAGUAUAAGCAUCUAUCAUGUUUGAGCAAGUUUAAAACCACUUUGAGUUGAACAUAUCAUCAUUGUUGUCACACAUGGAUAUGCUCAAAUUCAUCUGAUGUUUUGAGCAGUGUUUGAAAUUUUGGAAGUGUUUAGCAACUUCAGUGUGCAGGAAAGGAACUUUCAUUUAAUUAUAUCUUUCAUAUUACAUAUUGUCUUGUCUAAUAAGGGUCAUAACACGUUUGUGUGAUGGGCAUUUUCUGUUGGGCAUGUUAAAAUACUCGGUAAAAAAAGGGUUUUUGAAGGGUUUGAAUUUUUCUUCUAUUUAGACUAAAGUACCAUUAUAGCCUAUAUGCUCGGUUUCCCAUUGAUAAAUUUAUCGAAGUCCCCCAAGGCAACUGACUUCACUUUUUCCUGAAUGCACCCCAUAAAAGAUGCCUAACUUGGGAGUACCUAAUUAAUGCUGGGUGAACAGAGACAUUAGGUGUAAAGAAACUCGGCCAAACCUCUCGUCCUGCUCAGAAAUUAAACCUGUUAUCUUUUGGUUGCAAGCUGACUGUGGCUGUACAUUGUGUAUUGUACAGGUCAUAGGCUAGGUGGGUUUCUUAAUGCAAGUGCACCUGUCACAGACUUUGCUCUAUGAAUUCUGCAUGAACUUAAGGAUCAUUUGCAUUCAUGAAUUAAAUAUUGUAAUUUGCAUAAUUUAAUAUAAUAUCUUUAACCCAGUAAGAAUUUUGUAUUAUUUGAAUUGGAAUUGAAUUAUUUGUAAUUGCAGAAAAUAAGCUUUGCAAUUUUUUUCCAAUCAAACAUCAAUAUGAAUGUUAUGCUUUCACAUGAAAGUAAGUCCCUAUUAUGUUAACUUAUUAAAUAUUUACACAUUUAUGAUAGAGGAAUUUCAUAAUAAGUUUUAAACACAUUUAAACUACAGGUAUUUUAUUUGGAGCUGCAUGAAAUAGUCUGUAAGCAUACCUUAUGCUCGUGCCCUCAUGUCUGUUGUGUUGUUAGCAUUCACGAUCAUGUGAAAGUGUCACUUUUCAAGGUGUUUUGUUGGAAGUUUUUGCCUUCAUUAUUGAUAUGUCUUUUAAACCUUUCCACCAUUUUCCAAAAAAUAUAUAUUAAUGUAUUUUGUCAGCAAUUGCAGUACUUUUACUCUUGGAUUCCUGUGGUUAAAUAUAAAUUUUCAGAGCUCCAUUGAGCAUCUGCAUCCAUGCUUGCAUUCUCUAGCCACAAAAACAAUUAUUAUACAAAAAAUUUCACUUAUUUAAAGAUACUGUAUACAGUAUCUAAGAGUUGCCAUGGUUAUACCAGAAGCAGUUAUACAAGUGUGUUGACUUGCUUGUUUCUGCCUCCUCUGUUCUUUAACAAAUGCCUCUGGUGAUUGGUAACAUUAAAUUGAUGUAUUCUCACAUUUUUUUCUUUUAGCUUUGUUCAAUUGUUAUUAUUUGUAGAGUUUAAAAUAUAACAGUACAUACAUGCAGCCAGUUCAAAGUUUCCUCCGAGCACCACAGCAAGGACAGUACAUAAAUAUUUUUUAGAAAACCAUCCACAAUAGAUCUUCUGUUUUGUGCAUAUUUUUAUAUACUGAUGUACUGGUCCCACAUUGUCCUCAUUUGUUUACUUUUCCCUACAUUACUGAGAUAGCAAGACUCUUGGGUAUCUUGGUGUUUGAGUUGUACAACACACUCUUAUGUCUUUAUUAAUCUGUCUUUUCAACUCCCACCUUCCAAGUAGUGUAUAUACCUCACAAUUUUUUCACAAUUGCCCUAUCAUUCAUUUAUCUCCUGGUAUUGAUGGCUACUUGUUUUGUAAAGUUACCACUCACACAUUGCCCUGUACAAUACACGCACUAAGCCCCUUUCUGUUACCAACUGCAGAGGCAAUUGUGGUGUGUUGGUGCAUAAAUUGUGGAUGGUGAUUUCCCAGUAUUACACAUCUGCCUUAAAUACUGUAGUAGGGUAUUUUUUUAAAGAAUAUAUCUUUUGUUUUAUAGGAAUAUGUAAAGUUAGUCAUAAAACUGUUAAAUUAACGUUUGUAAAUAUUAUUCCCGCGUUAUUUUUUAAAAUCUUUGGUGCAAAAUGUUUAUUCUUAAUCGACACUGAUCUAUCAGCUUCCAGCCCUGUCUCUUGUUUACUUGUAAAAACUCCUUAAAUUAAUAAAGAAAAUGACUUGCAUAUCUUUCUUUAGAUAACAGAAAUGUUACUUUUGCUCCUGGGGGCUUGUAAGCUUUGGAUCCAUUAUGAGCAGAUUAAGCCAUCUUGUGAACCAGGUCUUAAAGUGCAUUACAGCUGCUAUAAACAUUCGUCUUUUUUUUCAUUAAUACUGUAUUUGGUAUUCUUGGCAAAUGUAAUUAGGGGGACGAUUUUGUUUACAAUAUGCUAUGGGAAGAAAACUUGAGCUUAUUUGAAGAGUGCUUUUGUGUGAAGUGAAGUGUUGAAAAUACAAGUUUUACUUGUGCUGGAUCUUAUAACCUAAUACAGGGUACUGUACUAGUAUUUUAAUAAUAGCUUUUGUUUAUGGAAAAUGGAUAUAUAUAUAUAAUAAAUGCUGUGAUUUCAUUGGUUGGUAAACUGUAGCUUAUAGGCAGAUGGAGUUAAUAAUAUGGGUGAAGGUUAAACACAACCCACAAAUCUGAAAAUAAAGAAUUGAUGAAGUUUCUGUCCAUCCUGGACCAUUAUUGUGUUCAAUUCUCCAUUUUAAGAUUUUUGGGUUGGGUGUCUAAUCUGCAGCUUAUAAGUUUGAUGUACAGUAUUAUAUUAAUAUCUUAGUUUUCUUCAACGUUAAAUUACAAUGCCAUAAAUUUGUCAUUCUUCAUGUAGCAAAAAACUGGUUAUACGAUUUCAAUAUUAAUCAGGUUUUGUGCUACAUGAGAAAUGAAUUGACCUGUUUUUUUUUUUUUUUUUUUUUUUGCAGGGAAUUUUUUUAUUUUGACACAUUAAAAAUAGUUACAAUUUUAUGCAGAAUUAUUUUAGUACAGUAUAUUGUAUCUUGCUACCUUCUGAUAGUCUUGAGAACUUUGGUGAUAUAAAAUAUAGUUAACAUUAAACAGAUAUAUUUUGUUGUGUGCUCCAAAUAAGAACUACAGUACAUUUUGGUGUUUAAGCUAAAAGAGUUUGGAAAGUAGAAUUUUUACCAAGGGUUGUGGUUCAUGGGUUUGUAUAUCUAGUCACAUCUUCAGACUAAAUUCUUGUCCUGUACAGUACUUUUAAUUAUACUUCCAUGUUUGCUUAAAUGCAGGCUUUGAAAUAAAAUUGAAUUGAAGUAGAAUAGAACUGACUCCUUAGUGCCAAAUAAAGAAUUUUACCUA